AUGUCCGUCAUCAAUGAUAUUCCUCAGUUAGAUGGUGUUUAUAUCUUUAGUCAUAUCGAUAUCCUACAUGAAGAAUGGGCCAAAAACUGGCCAAAAAUCAAAAGUGUUCAUACCAACAUCAAAGACCUAUGUCAAGCAUUACAAAUGGAUGUCAAGCGAUACAGUCAAGAGUCAAUUGCUAUGAGUUUUGUCACCGUAAAUGAAAUGGCUGCAACUGAUGAUUUAAAUCAGUUGGAACCAACUUUUAUGUACACCCAAAUAUUCAAGGAUAUUCUUCUUGAUAUGGAACAUGGUAAACAGGCCAUUAUACAAUUUACAGCUUAUUGCCGACAAGAUAAUUCCAAAUCGACAACCAAUAUUGAUCGAUUUGAAAAAGAAUACAAUCCUCAAUCAGCUAUUUGGUGGUAUACUUACCCAUCAUUUGUCUAUUCUAUGCUAAAUUCUGCUCUUCGCUUUAUGGAAGGUGAUACCAUUAUUAAUAUGGGUUUUUUUAUUCAUGAUCUUCAUCUACAAAUACAACAGUUACACCAACAGCAGGUUAAUAGCUAUCAUGGCAAACCAUUCACAGUUUACCGAGGACAAGGUCUAUCCAAAACGAAUUUUGAAAAACUCCAAAAAACAAAAGGUGGUUUAAUGUCUUUCAACAACUUUUUAUCCACUAGUACAGAACAAUAUACACCUCUCGGACUUGCCAGUAGUGCAUCAGAAAAUGUGGAUAUGGUCGGCAUUCUAUUUAUAAUGUCUGUUGAUCCCAAUGUAAAAGCAACACCAUUCGCUUCCAUCAAGGAGUUGAGCUAUUUUAGAGACGAAGAAGAAAUUCUCUUUUCAAUGCACACAGUCUUUCGAGUGGGUGCAAUUAAACGAAUCGACAUUAACAAUCAACUUUAUCAAGUUGAACUAGAAUUAACAUCGGAUGAUGAUCAACAACUACGAAUACUUACUGAUCGGAUACGAGAAGAAGCUGGUGAUGGUACUGGGUGGGAGAGAUUGGGUACCUUAUUGCUUAAAAUUGGUCAAUUUGAUAAAGCUGAAGAACUUUAUAAUGUAUUACUCGAACAGACAUCUGUUGAGGAUGAAAAGCAACAUUAUUAUAAUCGAUUGGGAUAUGUCAAAGAUGGUCAGAGUGAUUAUGAAAAGGCUAUUUGGUAUUACGAACAAGGACAUGAAAUAGAACAAAAAACUCUUCCUUCAAAUCAUCCUGAUUUGGCUAUUUCAUACAGCAACAUCGGUGGUGUUUAUGACAACAUGGGAGAGUAUUCAAAAGCACUUUCAUAUUACGAGAAAGCACUUAAAAUUCAUCAAAACACUCUUCCUUCAAAUCAUGCUGAUUUCGCGCAGUUAUACAACAACAUCGGUAUUGUGUAUUACAACAUGGGAGAGUAUUCGAAAGCACUUUCAUUUUACGAAAAAGCACUUGAAAUCUUUCAAAAAACUCUUCCUUCUAAUCAUCCUACUUUAGCUACUUCAUACAACAACAUCGGUAGUGUGUAUGAGAAGAUGGGAGAGUACUCGAAAGCACUUUCAUCUCACGAAAACGCACUUGAAAUUCGUCAAAAAACUCUUCCUUCAAAUCAUCCUGAUUUCGCGCAGUCAUACAAUAACAUCGGUAUUUUGUAUGACGAAAUGGGAGAGUACUCAAAAGCACUUUCAUCUCAUAAAAAAGCACUUGAAAUUUAUCAAGAAACUCUUCCUUCAAAUCAACCUCUUUUGGCUGCUUCAUACAACAAUAUCGGUACUGUAUAUGACAAAAUGGGCAAGUACUCGGAAGCACUUUCAUCUCAUAAAAAAGUACUUGAAAUCUAUCAAAAUACUCUUUCUUCAAAUCAUCCAGAUUUCGCUAAUUCAUACAACAAUAUCGCUAACGUGUUUUACAAUAUGGAAGACUAUUCGGAAGCACUGUCAUAUUUUGAACGUGCUCUGGACAUAUACCAGCGUACAUUACCUUCAACUCAUCCUAAUAUAAAAAUUGUUAAAGAUAGUAUUGAAAUUGUAAAAGAAGAAAUUAUAGAGAAUAGUUGA